GGGGUUUCGUCCUUCUUUUCUCGCUUUUGGAAUUCUCGAGGCACAAUGCCGUUCCAGCGAUUCGUGCAGACCGGCCGAGUGGCCUACGUCAAUGAUGGUCCUUCCCAGGGCAAAUUGGUGGCGAUUGUCGAUAUCAUCGACCAAAACAGGGUUUUGGUUGAUGGGCCACACACUAAAGUACCACGACAACAGAUGAGGUUAAAUGAUCUUCAUUUAACCAAAUUCCACAUCAAAUUUCCAUUUACAGCCUCUACACGAGCAGUUCGUAAGGCUUGGGAUUGGAAGGAGUUCGAAGAGAAGUGGAGUAAGACAAUGUGGGCUGGAAAAAUCAAGGCGAAAAAAUUGCGUGCCCAAUUGUCAGACUUUGACAGAUUUAAACUUCGUCGUGCCAGACGAAUCCGCAACGCCAUUAGGUCCACAGUCUUUUACAGGCUAAAACGUAAUGACAAAAAAGGCCCGAAGAAAGCUAAAGCUGUAAAGGCUACAGAGGAAAGCAAGGAACCAGCUAAAACUGCUAAGGAUUCUAAAAAAUCCAAAGAAGCUAAAAAGUAAAUUCGAGAACACCGCGUUUAAAUCUGUUUAUAUUUAAAAUAAUAAAACUCAAUAAAAAAAA